CCCGCCACAAAGACUCAAACAACUCGUUAAAUUUCAGGAGCUACAAAAAUGGCCACAUAUGGCAAGAUCUCACGGACAAUGACCUCAUCACUCCAUUCUCCGACAACGAAUACAUCCUAAAAGGCUCUCUCAUCCCUUCUCCACACAACAAAGCUGUCGAGCAAUUCUUCCCAUUCCACGAAAGAAAAACAGCAACCAAGAAACAAGACGCAGAAGAAGAAGAAGAAGAAGAAGAAAUAGCAGACGUCCCAAUUCUAAAAACACCAUACGAGACCUUACAUAUUGAAGCUAACGUCUCUCCAAAACCCCCGCCACGUGGCGACGAAGAGUCUCCCAUAAGACCAGAUACUUCUUCCUCAUCCUCCUCUGUUCUGAAGUCUGAGCGAACAGAGGAGAUGAAGGAAGGCGAUAAGGAGAAGAGUUGUGGCAAACUUGUGGCAAUUAAGAAGAAUGGGAGUCAGGUUGAUAGAAGUAAUAGUAAAGGGAGAGGAGAAGCGCAGCCUCGCCGGCGGGCGGCGGAUGUUUUAAGGAAUCUGCUCAGGUGCAGGCUUGUGGACACGAAGGAUACUGUGAAGAGGGAGAGCAGAGGGAUGAAUGGAUCGUUGUCGCGGAAGAGUUAUCAGACAAGCAGUAGCAGCAAUGAGAGGAAGAAUUGGGAGAAGAGGGGAAGCAACGGAAGAUCGAGACAAAUGACAGAAAAAACUACAUCAGCCACGUUCAAGCCUUCUAAAGAGCCAAACUGCUCGCAAUGUGGCAAACCGUUCAAGCCUGAGAAGCUGCACUCUCAUAUGAAGUCAUGCAUAGCUCUGAGCGAGCGGGGCAAAAGCUCCAGUCUAAACAAAGAGACGCAAACUGGAACAAAACGACCAUCUAAAGUUACAGUGACUGUUCUCUAAAAUGAUGAUCCUUGCACGUCUUUGAAUUAUU